AUGGAUUCUGGCGCGUCCACCCCCCCUUUGGCUCCCCACGCCGUGGUAUCCGAGGGGAAAAAGACGGCGUUGGGGUGGAUAGAAUGGGCUCGGGGAUGGUGCAGCAUAUUCGGCGAGUUUCUCUUCCAACGGAUCAUGGCCAGCCACCUCGAGAACCCGCUGCCCCUUCCACCUCUGAACGGAAUCACAUGCAUAGUCACCGGCUGCACCAGCGGAAUCGGCCUCCAGAUUGCCAGGUAAUCCAUCACGCGAAUAUCUCGAUGUCUCCAUCUCUGUCCGUCGCGGGCUUUCCAGGAGCUCUUGGGAUGUUCCUUAGAGAAGCUCGUCCUUCCGGAGGACUUCGGUGCCCCUCGUGACCCCGAUCGCACGCCCGCCUUCCCAUCUAAGCUCGUCCUGAUCUUCUCUUCACUGAUUCACCGGUCGACUGUUUCAGCUGGUGUUCUUCUUUCAAGAAGAAGAAAGUCGUUCGGUUCAUUACUUCGACUCUUGUCUUACUGAGUCUGUUAAACGUUCGAUAUCUACUGAUCGUUCGAAUAAUUACUGCGACUGUAAUAAUUUUCAGUUGCAGUAAUUUUAAUGCUGACGAAUUAUUGAAACUAUUGGACUGUAUCUCAGUUAGAUGUACAUGUUUCUUCGCUGUCCUAGGGAAGUUUCUGUCGCAGUUUGUUUCUGCCAAUUCACAGAACUGCAAGCACGACGUUCCGAAUGAGCAAAUCUAUACACGCUUUUUGGUUCACCCACCAAAAAUCGCUCGUGAUUAGAUGGCUAAAUUAUCUGCAGGAUUGUUUAAUCCGCGUGAAUAUCCUUCCACAAGAAAUAAUGAAAUUUCCUUGUGAAAAACUCUUUUAUUAUCGGGAAUGAAAGUGUUGACAUUAUCUUUAUAAAGUUCAUAGCAUUUCUUAAAGAACCGAAACUGAUCUCUAUAGUAUUUAUUGAUCGACCUACCGAACAGGCAACUGGCCAAUUCAGGAGCACAUGUCAUCAUGGCUGUAAGGAAUACAACAGUGGCUAAUCAAUUGAUCCAGCAGUGGCAAAUUGAAGAUUCUGAGAACGGGUUACCUCUUGAUGUUGAGGUAUGCUCUUCAAGCCUUAUGCACAAUAUGCUGGUUGUUUUGAUGCUUGGUUCUAUAAUGGCUACUUUGUAGACGACUUUGGGUUGCUCCUAUUAUUCUACACCGUACCUUUCUUCAAUCAAUCUCCUUCAGGAAAAUAUUUCCGCUGUAUGAUAACUACUCGAAUUCUGACUAUUUUCAAGGUGAUGGAGAUUGACCUUCUGUCUCUCAAGUCAGUCGUGAGGUUCACCAAAGCAUGGAAUGCUUGUCUUGGACCAUUACAUGUUUUAAUCAACAAUGCUGGAAUUUUCUCAAUGGGAGGUCAGCGUUACCAUGACCCUCUUCUGUUCUCAAGUUGGUUUAGUUAUAAAUCAGAUCUGGUAGACGGUCUUUCCUGUAGUGAGAUAUGUUGUUGCAAACUUUUGGUCAAACUGUUCUCCAGUGUUUGAGGCUUCCAUAUUUGGUAUGCUGUGAUGAUAAAAGUAUUUGGAUAUAAAUAAUGUUUUUUGCCUAAACCAUGCACGAUCAUAAAUGGUGGAUAUGGGUCCUACAAUCUUCUGGUCUGAUCAUGAAUAAAAAUGCUGUUCAAUUCAUGCGAAAACACAAAUCUAACCGAUUUUUAUCUCCAGAAUUUUCAUGUCACGGUAAAUCUUAUAACUUUUCAGAUCGAUAAAUAUUAAAACAGAUAUUGAUCCAUGGUUUCCAUAUUCCGUAGUCUUAAUUUUGGUCGGUCAGUCGUGUUGAGAUCGUUCAUAGCCUCUACAAAACAGAGGUAGCGACAAGUAUUUUGGAUAUAAAUAAUUUUAUCGUCUAAACCAUGCACGAUCAGAAUAGCCCUAUAUUUCGUCGAUCCUGGUGGAUAUGGGUCCUCCAAUCUUCCGGUAUGAUCAUGCAGAAAAGAGCCGUUCAGUUCAUGCGAAAACAUAAAUCCAACCGAUUUUUAUAUCUCCGGAAUUUUCAUGGCAUGGUAAAUCUUAUAAAUUUUCAGAUUGAUAAAUAUUAAAACAGAUAUUGAUCCAUGGAUUCGACUUUAUCAUAAUUCUCUCUCUGUGGUCCGAGUCUGCUAAGAUAGAUAAUACAAGUUACAAAACAAUUGUGAAACUUGAUUCCACUCAACCGAGUUUCUUGACGUUGCAGACUGUCACGCUUAGUUAAAUCGUGAGUCAGGAACAAUAGUGAAUCUUGAACUAGGUUCCUGGACUAAAAUGUAGUGUUGGGUGCCGUAACUGUCAUCACUGGUCGAAUGUGCUUUAAUCUGAUGAAAACUUCAUCAUGUCAGAGCCUCAGCGAUUUUCUGAGGAUGGAUAUGAAACGCACAUGCAAGUGAAUCACCUUGCUCCGGCAUUGCUCUCCUUGUUACUCACUCCGUCCCUAGUCAGGGGUUCUCCAAGCAGAAUCAUUAACGUCAACUCUAUUGUAAGCUCAUUUGUUUCUCUUUUCCGAGGCAUCUGUAUUGAAAAAGACUCAGCUAGUUUAACUUCAUAUUUGCUUGAUUUUCUCUUGACCACUAAUCAGGCUUCGAAUUUCCUGUCAGUUGCACUGUGUUGGUUUUGUUGAAACAGAAGAUAUGGAUGUAGUUUCUGGCAAAAGGAAAUACACCAGUUUGCGGGGAUAUUGCGACAGCAAACUCGCACAGGUGCACGAUUUCUCGCACAUGUUGAUGCUUCAUGGUGUUUUAUUUUGUAAUCUUUCCCUCCUGCCAAUUUUUCUUUAAUUUUCUGCUAAAUUGUAAUUACUGUUUGAAGAAUCGUGCUCAUAUUGCAGAUCAAAUUUAGCAGUAUCCUUCAUAAGAGGUUACCUGCUGAAGCUGGCAUCCACACAGUCUGUGUUUCUCCUGGGAUCGUCGACACCAACGUUGUGAGUGUGCUGCUGGACGAUAUUUCUUCCCAUUUAUGCACGGAUAUGCUGCCAUUUUCAAGAAGGGCUCACCCAGGGCUUUCCAUUCGCAGGCCAGGGAUCUCCCCAGAACCCUCCAAGCUGGUUAUCAUCUGAUUCCCUAUUUCAUCUUCGAUCCUAAGGAAGGCAAGUUUCCGAUUCGUGAUAUGUUAUUCAGAAUCAGAUCCGUCUCAACUGAUGUGAAGCUUCUUUUUUUUUUUUCCUUCUGGGAUCUUGAUUGCAGGUUCUAGGAGCUCCCUGUUCGCCGCGACCGAUCCUCAGAUCCUGGAGUACUGCGAACUGUUGAAGGGGGAGGAAUGGCCGGUGUGCGCGUACAUCUCGCACGACUGCCGGCCGGCGAACGCCUCAGAGGAAUCUCACAAUAUUGCGACGUCGCAGAAGGUCUGGGAGAAGACCCUGGAACUGAUCGGGCUACCUUCAGACGCUCUGGAGAGGCUUGUUGCAGGAGAGGAAGUCCCCUGCCGAUAUGACUCCAUCACGGAAUAA